AUGACGAGUUUAAGUGAAAACAAACAAGAGAAUGAUGUUAACAUUGAUUCAAAGCAAUGUACAACGGAUAACGCACAAUCUUCACUGCAGAGUGACACUCCUAUAGCAGAAACUACUCUUAUACAGCGAUCGAUCAAUCAUGAUCCAAAAGAAAAUGAUGAAAAUAACCAAGGUGAUAAUUCAAUAUCAGAAACAGUGGAUGCUAAUGAAGAUCGUGGAAGUAAUCACGAUGAUACUUUAUUGAAUACUAGUCCGCCAAUAGUAACUGUGGAUGGAGAAGUCCACAAGGAGACAAAUGAACUAACAGUCAGUAAUGAUGAAGAUGAGAACCGACCAAAGAAAACUUUUCAUUCAAAAGUCAAAUAUACAUCAAUGCCAUAUCAUCGAUCGUCAUAUUAUACAAAUGCUCAUCCAUAUGAAACAGUACCGUACUAUUAUUAUUCGCUACCAUCAUUUGAGAAACCAGCGCCGUUGAUGUUUCUUCGAACUCCGUCAACAACAUCGAAAUCGCCAUCGCCUUCAUCGCGAGAAACUCAAAAUGGCGGUGCAACAACGGUUCCGUCACAAAAUUUACCACCACGUCUACGACAAACAUCAGCUACAGAAAUCGAAUCAAAUUCGCAGGUGACGUCAACGAAUUCGCAAACAUCAGCGCCGACAGUAACAACAGCAACAGCAACAGCAACACAUACAAAUGGUCGUCGUCAUCGCAGCAUAUUACCACGUGGUCUUAGUAAUUAUUAUGCGGCUCACCCGCCACCGCCUUUAAUGGCCACACCUCCCGGUGUUUUAUAUCCAUAUCCACCAACCGUCCAUCAAGCAGGCCAUAUUGCCUAUAACAUACGAACACCAGAUGAACUCGAACUGUAUGCCUUUCAACAACAAAUGAUGGGCUUACCGCCCACACCGAUCAUUUGGCCAUCGCUACCUAAUGCAUUACCUGCACAUGGUCAUCCUUCAUUUGCACACUAUGCAAUGAAUGAAAUCCCACCUGCAUAUCUGUUCAAUUCAGCGACUGUAUCUCAACCGGCAAAUUCGUUUUUAAAUCCCGAUGCUGCUGAAUGGGUUCCAACACAGAAUGGUCAUGACUCAUCAUCAGAUCAACAAAUCCUUGUUGAUGAUGAGAUUAACUUUCCACCAUUGAAUAGCACAGCGACUAAUACUCAAUCCGUUUGUCCAAAAGACUCUGGUAGUGAUAUUGGUUCGGAGCAAAACGAUGACAUUUCAUCUGAAGUUACACCAUCUAACACUAAUCAGCCGAAUGAUACUCGAAUAAUAGCAACAGAUAACUCAAAUGCAGCUAAUCCAUCUAAUCCAAAGUCUGAGUCGUCAACUAAUUCAUCAUCUAGUCAAGAAGAUGAUAAUAAUUAUAGUAUUAAUAACCAUAAACCAUUAUCAUCACCAAUCAAAGUAGCACCAGUGACCUAUUCUACAAUUAUUUCUCAAACAUCUGAUAAUCAAAAAGCGAAUAAAACUCCAACAAAUAAUCAACAAGCUCCUCAACGACCAUCAAUCAAUCAUACUCAUAACCAAUUACCACCAAGAGAACGAGCAAAUAAACAGCAGCAGCAGCAACGCUCGCUAGUCAAUUCUUCACCAUCUUCGAACACAAAUUCGCGUCGGCGUCAACCUUAUCAUAAUAACAAUCGAAUAUCAACACGUAAUCUUCUUCCCACUGAUGCAAAUACUCUGUCAAAGCAGCAGCAGCAACAACAGCAGCCAACAAUCGCAGAUGAUUGGAUUGAAGUUAAAUCGAAAAAGACGAAAAGAUUCGACCGUAAUUUGAACGAUAGUUCAACAGAAAAGUUUCUCAUUGACGAACAAAUACAUAAAUCGGUCUCACCAUCCCUAUCCUUAACAUCGACGGGCGAUAAUACAACCGGAACAUUUACAUCCGAAGAUGAUUACGACGAAAAAGAUAAUCAAGAUCUUGUUAUCAUCCUGGAUAAUAAUGUACCUAAUGAUUACAAUCAAAUUAUCGUCGAUGAUAUACAUAAUCGAUUGGAUAAUCAUGAACAACUAUUGAUCAUCAUGCGCGGAUGUCCUGGAUCUGGAAAAUCAACAUUGGCGAAAUCGCUGAACCAUGGCUAUAGUGGUGUCAUACUUUCUACUGAUGAUUAUUUUACAGAUAGAAAUUUAAAUAAAUAUGUAUAUGAUUUGAAUAAACUCGAUGAUGCACAUCGAUACAAUCGUCGACAAGCAUCGGAUGCGUUGAAACGUCAAGUAACACCAAUUAUUAUCGAUAAUACGAAUACUCAGACAUGGGAAAUGAAACCAUAUGUUGCCAUGGGUAAAGAAGCUGGUUACAGUAUCCUUCUUGUCGAACCACAAACACCUUGGCGAUACAAAGCGCGUGAACUAUUCAAGCGAAAUCGUCAUAAUGUGCCUUUGAAACGUAUUCGCGAUAUGUUGACACGUUUUGAACAUAGUGUCACUGUUCAAAACAUUCUCGAUCAAUUGGCAUCCACAAUGAAACAAACCAAUGUACCUUUAUCGGAACAGAACAAUCAACGGAAAGAUGCGGAAGUUCUAGACUCGGCGUCAACAUCGAAGAAAUUCUAUGAUAUUAUCGAUGAUUCACUCAUACUUGACGAUGUGCGACUCUGUAUUAAUGACAUGAUUUUGUUUUUAACAUCGAACUUUUAUCAAACAACAUUACUAUCAUCUUCGUUAACACUACCCACAACGACAGUCACAACAGGAACAACGUCGCCGACAUCAACACCAUUAUCUGUAUCUUUUCAUGAUCUAUCAUUGCUAUCAUCGUCACCCACAACAACAUCACUGCCGUCGACGCCUUCAACACCACAUUCACGUUUUCAUCGGCCGUUAACGCGCUUUUCAUCGACAACAAAUCAGGAUCAUUCGUAUAACACUGAACAUCUUUUGCGUUUACCAACGGGAGCAUCUGCAGCAUUUGGGCGGUGCUUAGAUGCAAUGAAUCUAACUCCGCCACUGUCAACCCAAUCAAGUCUUCUAGCUAAGAAGCGACGAAAAAAUAAGAGUAAACCUUCACCGAAUGAACUGGUACUAAACACAAACAACAAUAACAACAACAAUCAAAUGGCUGUUGACCGAGACUGUUUCUUUCAACAACAGAAUUUUCAAGUGUUUCUUCCCGAUGAUUGCCUCGAUUGUGUGGUAAUCGAUGAACACGAUUGGAUCGAUCCACAAAAUGGCCUAAUGAGGGAUCAUUCAUCAACGACUUCUUAUAAACAAACUCAGCUGACGACAUCUGAUAAUACGCAGUUGAUAAAUAUUCUUCAAAGUAAUUCUCAUGAACCGUCUAUGUCAAGAAAACAUGCUAGUAUACAAUGCUCGUCCGGUGACAUUCGAUCAGAUUCGUCUGGUGUGAUUCUAAUCAGUCGUUUACCAUCAUCGAUGCCAGUCUUGAUGACUCCAUCGAUGUCUCCACUGGCUGGUUAUAGUGACUGUAGUGUUCAAGUUGAUAUGAAUACUAGCCAAUUAGAGAAAUUAAUCGAAAUCUAUUCGAAUCGUUUGUCUCGAGAAAGUAUUCAACAAUUCUAUGAACUUUGCCAUGAAAAUCUACAAUGGACAUGUUCGCACAUCGACGAAUAUCUCCAGCAGAAUCAAUUCAGUCUAAUCCAGGCUCCCACAUUACAUGAUUUGUGCUUAAAUAUUUUACAUCAAUGGGACGAACAAAUUAAAUCGCACGAUCCAUCGUUCGAUCCGGAAUCUCUCAAUGAUUUACUCCAAGAUAUCAACGAUACUGAAAUAUUAGAUGAUCUACCGAUCGACGACACAAAUAUUCGACCCACCGAACCAAAUCGGCUGCAUCUUCCUUGGUCAAUCAUUCACUCAUUAGAACACCUUUAUGGAGAACUACCUAAUAAAUCUCUUUUCACAUCAGAUGCUAAUAAUAUAUCACUCCUAUGUGAUGAUGAGUUGUCUCGGCAUAUUUAUCAAGCGUUACAAAGAUUCUUGAACCAAUCCGAUGAGAUCAAACAGUCCACAAUUGAAAAGAAAAAGAAAGCGACGAAGAUCAAUUCAAAUGAUCAAAUAUCAACAGAAGUCCAGACGAGUCAUAUUGCAUCUUUAAAACAAAUUAUGAACGAACAACAACUGCAGCAGACAGCAAAUGCUGAAAAAUCAAAACAGAAGCGACAACUCGACUAUGCCACGGAAUACAAAUUAAAAGAACUUGUACGCCUCUUUCCGUCAUUCGACACUGAUCUUCUCCACGAUCUUCUUCGUGAAAAUGAGUUCAACUACGAUAUAACAUGUAUGUGUAUGUCAACAAUGCUAGGUGAUCAAGCAUUCCUUACUGAUGUCCCACAACCUUCACAGACUAUGCCGACGUGUCGCUCGAUAUCGACGAAUGAACAACUUGCUGAACCAGUCAAUGAAUCGUAUGAGAUUCUUCGAUGGGACGCACUUAAACAUGGUCAACGUCGUAAAGAGUUCUAUGCGAAAGCUCAGCAGGCUUAUCAUCAUGGCAUGUCCGGUGUCGCUUCGUACUAUAUUCAUCGUGCUAGUGAGGAAACUCAAUUAAUGAAGGAAGCGAAUCGAACAGCAUGCGAACGUUUAUCUCAAUGGCGUUUAAAGCAAUUCUAUCAAACUCAUCAACUUGAUCUUCAUGGUUUACAUUCCGAUGAAGCGUUGGAUCUAUUUAAACAAAUCGAACGUGAAUUGUAUAGUAAAGCUUCACGAACAACACCGAAAUCAAUUGAAAUCAUUACUGAUUAUGGUAAAAAUUCGAUCUAUGGUGGUAUUGGUUAUGGAAAAAUACGUUCAGUUCUUCUAACGUAUAUACAACAACGAAAUUACAAGUAUUCAGAGCCUAACAAAGGUGUGAUUCUCUUGCAAUUAACGAAUGCAAAAUCUUCAUAA